AGUGAGCGGCGCCAGUCUCUCCCAGUCACCCGCCGUCACCACUGGUCACCACACAUCACCUCCUCCUCGCUCGUCGUCGUCUGCUGCUCCUGCUAGACGAACCCCGCGCUCACCAUGCUCGCCCUGGCGCUGCUCGCGCUGCUGCUGCUCGCGCUGUUCGCCCUCUUCAACUACCUCGGCAACCUCAGGCGCCUCAAGAACUUCCCCCCAGGACCGCUGCGGCUGCCGCUGGUCGGCUCGAUGCCCUUCUUCCCCGCGGAGCACUGGCACCUGUACGCCGACAAGCACUGGCUGUCCAAGUACGGGCCGCUGGUCGGGCUCACCACGGGCCGGGACACCAUGCUCAUCGUGUGCGGGGCGCAGGAGGUGCUCGACGUCCUGGCGCACGAGGACUGCCAGGGCCGCGCUGACCUCUUCUUCACGACCGAGCGCUCCUUCGGCAAGAAGCUAGGCAUCAUGUUCAGCGACGGGCCGUACUGGACGGAGCAGCGUCGCUUCGCGCUGCGGGAGCUCCGCGACCUGGGCAUGGGCAAGAGCGUCAUGGAGGGCGUGGUGCUGGACGAGGUGGACGCGACGCUGGAGGCCGUGGCCCGGGAUGGGCCCGCCGUCCAGCCCAACAUGCUGUUCCACGCGCCCGUGCUCAACGUGCUGUGGUGGCUCGUGUCGGGCAAGCCGUUCUCGAAGGGCGUCGGCAAGGAACAGGACGCCCAGAGCGUCCGCCUCCACCACAUCAUGGAGAAGUUCAUCCGCACCAAGAACGUGGCCGUGGCGCCCGUCGACAGCUGGCCGUUCCUCAAGUACGUCGCGCCCGAGCUGUCGUCGUACAACGCCAUCUACGGACCCAUCUUCGACAUGCAGGCCUUCAUCCGGGAGGAAAUUAAACUGCAGCAACAGGACCGUACAGGCUCUUUCAUGAGUAAAUACAUGGAUCGAAUUGAGACUGCAGAGCCCGGAAGUACCCUCACUGAAGAGAGCCUCAUCAUAUCGGUGCUCGACAUGUUCAUCGCGGGAGGCGAGUCCACGGCCAACACGCUGUCGUUCUGCCUGCUGUACAUGGCGCUGCACCCCGACAAGCAGGCCAAACUGCACGCGGAGCUGGACGCCGUGGUGGGCGGGGCGGACAAGACGGUCGGCCUGGCGGACAGGACGAGGCUGCCCUACACCGAGGCGACGUUGACUGAGGUGAUGCGUAUCAACCCGAUUGCGCCUUUGUCAGUUCCUCACAGCAACACGAAGGACGUGGAGUUGAACGGUUACACUAUUCCAAAGGGAACGAUGAUAAACCUUAGUCUGUGGGUCGUUCUCAACGACAAGGCUCACUGGGGAGACCCGGAAGUCUUCCGCCCCGAGCGCUUCAUCGGCAAAGACGGCGCUUUCGUCAAGGAUCCCUGGAUGGCCAACUUCGGCCACGGCAAAAGAGUGUGCAUUGGCGAGGCCUUCACCGUACAAACGGCGUUUUUGUUCUUCGCCAACGUGAUGAACAGACUACGGAUCUCGGCACCCCCUGGAGGCGAGCCCUUGUCCACCAAACCGCAGCCAGGCCUGACCUGCGCCCCGCAAAACUACACCGUCCUCGCCGAACCCAGACGUUCCUCCUCUGCACACCAAAUGUAAUACUCCGACAUAAAUAAACGAUCAGAAAAUGCA